AUGAGUAGUGCAGAAUGGCACUGUGUGUUAGGUAUAUGGACACGUACGGCGUUACCAGGUAUAUGGUAUGGUAAGGUACAAUAUGUGUAUCAGAAAAACAUUCUCAAAAACAAAUGUAAAUUCAUAAAUGACAUGAAAAUUAGAUGUAAAAAAUUAAAUAAACAAAUUAUCGCAAUAAAUAUACUGUACGUAUGCUGUAUAAUACGAAUUGAAGGUAUGGUAUUGAGAAUAUGUGCCGUCGUAGGAUUCAACAUAUCGCAACAUCGCAAACAAAUCAAUACAAUAAAAGAUGGGCUGUUUAACAGUAAAAAAGACCGAUUCAGGCUUAAUAUCGCACUAGAAAGAGACCUGCCAGGAACACGCAGGGUUCUUAUUUACAAAGACCCCCAAAUGCCUAGAGAUUAUUUGUGGAAAAUAACAUGGCCAGAAACUGCUAAAAUGGUGCAACUAAGGGCUGAGAAAUAUUCAGUUGGACAAAUAUGUUCACCUGAAGGAGUACUUCAGACAGUAACAGCCCUGAGGGUGUUACCAUGUACAAUAUGCCGCUUCAUGGAUUUCGGCUAUGCCCUUGUUUCAUACGGUAUGUUAGCUCUAUAUACACGUACUAUGUUGAAGUACAAAAACAAAUCUAAACACACAGGGAAACCGCUCUGGAGAAGGCACUGGAACAACAGGCCAGAGUUAGGAAAACUAAUUAACGUACUGUCGAAUCACGCGGAAACAUUUCCAGUUAAACUGCAACCGCCACAAGACUACGUACUGGGCCAGAUAGUUGAUGUUUCAUCUUUCGUCGGGUGUAGCCACGUAAAGGUAACAGGAAUAUCGAAGGGAAAAGGGUUUCAAGGAACAAUAAAAAGGCAUGGAUUUAAACGGGGACCCAUGACACACGGGUCUAAGCACCAUAGAGGACCAGGGUCGAUUGGAGCCUCAACUACACCAGGGUGUGUGAAGCCAGGGAAGAAGAUGGCAGGAAGGAUGGGCGGAAACAAGUGUACGUUCAGAAAGCUGAAGGUGCUGGGACUCAACCCAGAAACGUCAAUGAUGUACGUCAAGGGGCUAGUGGCAGGGGCAAAAGGAUCGUAUGUAACAGUGACAUCAGACGUCCAACCGCCACUAAAAAAACUGUUAAAAUAA